CAUAAUAGUCCUUUGGCUGAGAUCCAAUGACACUAAACACUUCAUCCAUUAAAUACAAACAGAUCCCAUAGGCUUUAAGGAGUAUAUGUCAUGACUUAUAACCAGCAUCACCAAGUAUUAAAUCAACAUUUCACAAGCAUCUAGUCUCUAGUCUAGUGCAUACAUUCUCACUCAAAAGGGUGUAUAAUCUGUCAGCUAUGACUAAAAGGCAGAAGCUACAAUACGGUGCAAUGUUUUUCUCUCUUUUGGGAUGUGUACUAACCUGUGUUAGCACUUUUGUGCCUCUUUGGAAAAACCUCAAUUUAGACCUUAAUGAAUUGGAGAUCUGGAACCAGGGACUGUGGCAGACAUGCGUGAUACAAGAUGAAGGGCCUAUGGAAUGUAAGGAUUUUGAUUCAUUUUUGGCCCUGCCGCUCCCAAUCCAGAUGUCAAGGAUUUUGAUGUUUUUCUCUGAUGGCAUGGGGGCUAUUGGCCUCCUAAUAUCUUGCUUUGGAAUGGAUUGCCUGAACACUGGUGAAUAUAAAAACAAGUCAAAGUUGAAUCUCUUUGGUGGGAUAUUGUUUUGGGCCUCAGGAGUAACCGCACUAGUCCCAGUUUCUUGGAUAGCAUACGACAUUGUGCAGGAAUUUUGGGACGAGACCAUUCCAGAAAUUGUGCCACGGUGGGAAUUUGGUGAAGCUCUGUUUAUGGGCUGGUUUGGAGCUUUCUUUCUUAUGCUGGGUGGCACAUUACUCAUCUGUUCAAGCUGUUGUGUGCCUGUAAACCCAUUUCGGACUGGGACUACACUUACUAGCAGACCAGGGAUCCAGUCAUAUCAUCUGACAAAUGUACAAGCCAGACAACCAGAUCUGAAAAUAUGAAAGAAUUAUUCUACCUUCCUUCCUGGAUUGGGAAGUUUAGCCAUAACUUAUGUGACUUUGUCUUUUAUGAAAAUAAUGUGUGCCAAGAUCAAUGUCUUUAUAUGGU